AUGACUUCCUUUUCUUCAGGUCAUGGCGAAUACGAAGAAUUCAACAUAGGAGAGUUCGUGAAUGUAACUGGUCAUAUGAUGUUCGCCUAUGGAGAUGGUCCUGAAGCGCUCGAUGAAACUAGACUAUUCGUUCUUGACAUCGUACGUCAUCAAAUGAACAUGCUUUUACGUCGGGUAUGGCAUCAAAUGGUACAAAACCAUCAGAGAAAAGUUUUCACAUAUGUCAACAUAUUUGGCUUGUAUAAAAAUCAUCCAAUCCGAUUACGUAGCGCCAGGCUCGAACAAUCGUCGUUAAGACGCCACAUGCUUUACCGUGUAAUGGUCGAUCAGGGACGGAAACGUGGUCAAAAUUAUUUCGAGAAUAGAAUGGAUAUCAACGAAACCGGGUCUACGGAGGUGUUGUGCUUGAAAAAACGGGCCCCACACAUCUACUACGCCCUAAUCGAUGCUGGAUUCGAAAAUCAAUUAGCAUUCCUCUGCGAAGAGCGCCGUAUACAGGAAUGUGAUCCGAAUCUUGCUAAAAUCAAAAUGUUCCUCAAGAAACGAUAUCGUCUCUUAUCCGCUGAACAUAAAGAACUUCUCGAUUACGCCAGACGUGUUUCGUCCGCAUUCCGUGCUCAUCGCUUCCAUGAAUUUCUGGGAUUUCCUGACUUACAGACGGAUCUCAUCUAUAUACUCGACUUUUUGGCCAGAGAAAUAGUAAUGGAGGUCACCUAUCGUGCUGCUCAAGCACGUCAGGUUGAGCAGGAAAAACUUCUCACAACUCCCAGUUCCAUGAAGCAACCAUCUUCGAAGAAAAAACUAGCCAUUGAAAGCCUUGAGCUUUGCUAUUAUGAGGAAAGGGCUGGCGUACUUUGCAGUGGAUGGUCGAAAAAAAUCAAGACAUUCUUUCGGCGAGAGCAGAACAAAGUAGUAAACGUUAACUUAUGGUAA